CAAACCUGAUAUCAGGAAUAAGUAGGCGAAAGCACAAGAACAAAAUCCAACAUCUCUUUUUAGUCCCAUUGGUGAUCGAAGAAAUUAAACCCUAAAAAUGGUUGAAGUGAAAGUGUUUGGGGUGUGGGCAAGUCCAUUUAGUCGCAGAGUAGAGAUUGCUUUGAAUCUGAAAGGCGUCGAAUACGAAUACAUAGAAGAGGAUAUUGCCAACAAGAGUCCUUUGCUUCUCCAAUACAACCCCGUUCACAAGAAAGUUCCGGUCAUUCUCCACAAAGGGAAGCCGCUGGCGGAGUCUGCUGUUAUUCUUGAAUACAUUGAUGAGACCUGGAAAAGCAAUCCCAUCUUGCCUCAAGAUCCUUUUGGGCGAGCCAUGGCACGUUUCUGGGUUAAGUUCAUUGAUGAAAAAUGUAAUCCGGCACUAUGGAAAGCUCUCUGGAGCGAAGAGAAUGACCGAAAGGAGGCUGUGGAAGAAGCAUGUGAGCACCUAAAAACACUAGAAAAUGAGCUUAAAGAUAAGAAGUUCUUCGGAGGAGAGAAUAUUGGAAUUGUUGAUAUUGCCGCCAACUUCAUAGGCUUAUGGGUUGGGGUCAUUGAAGAAGCUUCAGGAUAUGCUGUGAAGUUUUUUACAGAAGAGAAAUUUCCAAUAUUACAUAAAUGGAGUAAUGAGUUUUUGAAUUGCGAUGUUGUGAAGGAAAAAUUGCCAGCAAGAGAACAAUUAAUCGCCCUCUUUGGUGCCCGUUUCGCAGCUUCUUCGUAGAAUGCGUAUAUCUAUAUAUGAAACUGUUUGCUUAUACUGUUACUGAAUUUUGCAGUCGUUGGAUUAUGAUGGUCAACCCCUUGACUAUAAUCCAAGGGCUACCAAGAAGAAGGUAACAUUACCUAGUGUCAUAAAUAGUCGUGGUUUCUGAAAUAAUUUCCAGCUUGUGGAAAAAAACGUAUCAUGUUUAUGCCGUCAUUGACCCGUUGGCUUUGUUUUUGGUUUCAAAUUAAAUAAUAUAAUGCUGAAUAUUAUGAUUUUGUUUUG